AGGAACGCAUCAGUUUUGCAUUGCACUUUGGAGGGGUUUGUUUGUUAACUGAGAUUAGGCACGCCAUCUCGCUCGAUAUUCAGCGCCGGGCCAUGCGUUAAGCCAAAAUGACGUAAGCUUCCCAUGAAUAAUAUGUCAACAGCUCAACCGAAACUUGGUCAGCGUGUACAAGUAACGGGAAAGAAUCAACUUUGCGGUCGUAUCGCCUAUGUGGGACGCACCAGUUUCGCUGGCGGUCAGUGGUUUGGCAUUGUGCUGGAUGAGCCGCGUGGCAAAAAUAAUGGCACCAUUCGCGGCAGCACCUACUUUAAGUGUCCGCCCAACUAUGGACUCUUUGUGCGUGCCCAACAAUUGCAGCUGCAGUCGCCUGUCGUGAAUCAGUUGGAACAGCUGAAAAAGCAGGACAACAAUCGCUUAGAGGAGGACAUCAUGCAACGCGAUGUGAGCAAAGUGAAAAUGCCUGCGAGAGCCAGAAGUAGACAGCCAGCGGAAGAACAACGUAAUCAAAGGGAGGUGACAACUUUAUCUGGAAAGUCUGCAAAAAAGUCAUCAGAGAAUGCGACCUCUUCGGUGAUUUUCACUCAAUCACAGUCGCAAACACAGCCACUGGCAAAUCAUAGUACUGAGGAAGAGCUGGACACGUCGUCCAAGACGUUGAGUACUCAUCAGCAGCCAUUUGUGGCAUCUACGUCAACCAAUAUUUUAUCGCAGUCGCAGCAGCAGCAAACAAUUGCAAACAAUGCAACAGCUGCAGGAAGUCAUCUACAAGCGACAGAAGCGAGUGUCGCCUCACAGCCGCCUCAAGGCCAAGGUCAGAGGCUGGCCAGGUGGGAGCAACUCGGAGAAGUGCGGCAGUCAUCGAUAUUGACGCCACCCACUAUGACAUGCAAUCAACGGCGCUCCACAUCCUAUACACAGCUGCGGCCGACACGGAUUAGUCAGCCCAAGCCAACGACAGCCCAGGCUCAGAGCUCGACGGCACAGUUGACUCUGGCCAUGCCGGUGCCUCUGUCAUUGGCGCCCAAGCGCAGCAAGACGAGCAUGAGUCCCACGAGUAGCGGCGUGAAGCGAGUGGCACCCGCUGCAUUUGUGGAAGCUGGUUUCUUGGAGAUACUGCGACCGCAGUUUACGCCGGGUCCGGCAUUGCGUACUCCGAGCACAGUGGCACCACCUGUGGCGCCUGUGGAUAGUGCGGAGCAGCGGCAACUGCGUGAGGAGCUGCAAUUGCUGCGCGUGCAAAGGAGUGAGGAUAAAUUGAAGCUGCUGGAACUGGAGCGCAUUAAGAUACAGAACGAGCAGCUGCUCGAGUUCAAGGCGCAAAUUAUGACGCAGCAGGUGCUGCUGCAGCGGGAAUUGCAACGCUGUCGUCACGAGCAGCGCGAGUCCCAGGAGACUGCGGCCAAAUACAAACGGGAGCUGGACGACGUGGCCGAGAGCAUUGAGUUGUUAACACUGGACAAGGAAAUGGCCGAGGAACGUUUGGACACCCUGCAAAUGGAGCUGGAAACUGCACAGGAGCGCAACGAUGAGCUCACCCUCGAUUUAGAAAUUGUGCGAGCUGAGCAGGAACAGGAGCAUCAGGGCGAUGACCAUCUUCUAAAUAAGUCUGAAAAGCUUUCGGCGAAGGAAACGACACUGCAGACAACUGGAGAGUUCUUGCGCCUGGAGCAGUACAACCAGAGAUUGCGAGAGACGGUGGUCCGACUGCGUGAUACCCUAGCACUUGAGAAGCAGUUGGCACAGCGCACGCACAAGGAGCUGGAGACGAAGCACUCGGAAAUCAACGAACUGAAGAGCAUCAAGGAAUUGCAGAGUCGGCGGGUGGAUCAGAUGGAAAUGCAGCUGAUUGAUCUCAAGGAGCAGGUGGAUGCCUCGCUGGGCGCCGAGUCUAUGGUAACGCAGCUGGCCACGGUUAAAUUGGAGUUGGAGGAGCGUGUCAAACUAUUGGAAGAUGAGGUCUCUGAACUGGAGGCACUCGAGCAAAUCCAGGAACAGCUCAUAGAGAGCAAUCAAGAAUUGGAAUCGGACUUGCGUGAUGAAGCUGAAAAGCUCAGUGGCCAGCUCAAAUCCUUAGAGCAGCAGAAGAAUGCGGCCUUAGAAAGUCUCUACGAUCGUGAUGUGACUAUACUGAAGUUCCGGGAUCUGGUGCGUCAGCUGCAGGAGCAACUACAACUCAAAACAGACGGCGGCACUCUCUCCAUCGAAGACUUCAGCAGCGCCAACGAAUCGCAGCAGGAGGAGACAUCCCAGCAAAGCAUUGCGGACUACCAGCACAUCUUCAGUGUCAGCAAGGCCUACGGACGUGCCUUGGAUCAACAGCUGAAGGCCGUCGAACUGCGCCUGCAGCGUCAGCACCUGGACCACUUACUCACCUUUGUGCCGGAGCAGUUCCUCCUUCGAGGAGGCGAACACGAUGUCGUCCUAGUCAUGCUUCUACUGGAACGUAUGAACGACAAGCUUGAAAUCGUCUGCCAGGCAAUCAAUGAGAAAUUUCCAAAUGCCUGUGAAUUUGGUCGCGAUGCCAUCUUCGAGGGCUAUUCGGUACAGCGGUAUAUCUUCCGGGCUCAAUGCAUCUAUUUGUUGAAGAGUCUCCAAUUGGUGCUGCAACAGUUUCGCCAUGGCCUUAAUCACUGUGAUUACGAGCUGUGCACGCAUGCGGCCAUAUAUCGCAUGGAUUUGGAGACGCAGGAGCAGCAGCUGGAUGAAUUUGUGCGUCUGCUGAAGACCGGUCAGCUGGACGAGCAUACCAAUUGCGAGCCUAUACGCCGCGUCCUGCACUACAUCAAUGGACUGCACCAGAAUCUGAUGCCGCCUCAGACGCUGGUAGAUCUACUGGAUGAGCAUCAGCUGUAUGAAACACUAGUCGAGGUCUACGAGGCGGGCAUGGAUGCGGUGAAUGCCAAUGCGGGCAUGCUACACACCAUCAUCAAGUUGGGUGACGAGCAGACAUCCUCGUUCCAGUCCAUGCAGAUGCUCAUGGAACACUCCUGUGCCCUCAAACAAAAACUGAAGAAGGUGCAGCGCAAGCUGAGCGGCAAUAAAACUGCAGCUGCCUGGACGGGCAUGCAAUGUGCACGCUACCAACGCAUCCUGGAGGCCAACGAGGCCCUCGGCGCGCUCAUCAGUAUUCUGGGCGUGUCGGCGCGGGAGGCCAAUAAGGAGUCGAAUGGUGGCAUUGCGCAUGAGAAGCUCUGGCAUCUUUUGAGUCUGAACUAUAGUAAAUUCGCGCCCAGUCAGGACACCGAGCAGCGGGAACUGGAUGUUUUUGGUCAGCGCUGUAUGAAGCUGCUUGAGGAGCAGCUGGAGGAGCUGUGCACGCUUCUGGAGCCCCGGGACGUCAACACGGAGUACGUGCGACAUGCCACUUGCAACACGCUACAGCACAGAGCCGCCCAAAUCAAGCGUCACUACGAGGAUGUCAAGAGCUUGGAGCUAGCCGCUGCAGAGCGGGACAAGGAAAUCAAAGCGCUCAAAUACACGGCUAAGCUGAAGCAGCAGGAUUACUCGGAGUUGCAGGUGCGCAAAGAGAUGGCCGAGAAGCAGGUGCACAGAUUCAGCCAGGACUAUUGCCAAACGCUUACACAAAUGGCAGAGGGCAUGGAGCAGCUGGAGCAAUGCAUCCUCUCCAAGGAGGCCAGCUUGCAGCACGCGCUCAAUACCUUAACCGAUAAGCUGAGCGUUCUGGAGCAGGCUCAGCAGCAUUGGCAACAGCAGCAGCAGGCGGAAAACGCCUGUGCAACGAGCUCGACGCGCAGCUGCAAUCGGGAACUGAACCUCAUGCAUCAGGCGCUGCGACAGGAGCGCAAGUUGCGCGUCCAACUGCAAGGCAUUGAGCUGUGCAAAACCUUUGCCGCUCUGGAGCCGCUGCAUGUGCCCCAGCUGAAGGCGAGCAUUCAGCUGAACUCGCUGGAGGCCGAACUGCGCACCUUUAAGAACCAAUGGCUCCUCUCCCAUCUGGAGCUGGGUAGCCGCGGGGAUCAGCGUCGUGCACAGAUUCAGCUGCAGGGCAGCCGGCUGUUGCGACAUAUCUUCCAAACAUAUUGCACACUGAAUCCGCAUCGUGCAGCUCCCACUGAUUUUGGCCUGUUUAUAAGCCAAGAUCUGAGGCGCGCGUUUUAGCCAAGUUAAUUGUAUUAGACUCAAAUGUAUUACGGCGAGAACAAAGAUAUAUGUGAUUUGCUGCUUAGCUUAUUCAUUUAUUAUUAUUAUUAUGCGUGUUUUGUUUGUUAAUCGAAUAUUCAAUAAAAUUGCAGUACAUAGCCAAAAUAUUCAAAA